UGAUUGGUGGAAGCGUGAGCAGUGCAUAAACAAAGGAAAACCAUUGAACUGUAAGGAAGAUGAAAAUGGCAAUGAUCAUGCAGCUGAUACCCUUUAUCUCUACUCCUCGACAAGGACAACUCAUGAACCUUAAUUUUUCAAACAGAAGUUCAAUACUCUCUCGUUGCCUUAUUCACAAUUCAGACGUCCAAACAUCUCAGACUCAAAGACUAGUCCACCACUUCAAUCCGAAGACUCCCAUAGAGGAAGCCAUUACCCCCCCAACAUCAUGGUACACUGACCCCUCUUUCUUCCACCUUGAGCUCGAUCGCGUCUUCUACAGAGGCUGGCAAGUAGUGGGAUCCACGGAGCAGAUAAAGGAUCCUCGUGACUAUUUCACUGGAAGACUAGGAGAUGUUGAAUAUUUGGUCUGUCGUGAUGACAGUGGCAUGGUCCGUGCCUUUCACAAUGUCUGUCGUCAUCAUGCUUCUCUUCUUGCUUAUGGAAGUGGAAAGAAAUCCUGCUUUGUCUGUCCUUAUCAUGGGUGGACUUAUGGUUUCAAUGGAACACUUCUAAAGGCCACUAGAAUAUCAGGAAUGCGAAAUUUCAAUGUAAAUGAUUUUGGCCUUUUACCAAUCAAAGUAGCUACAUGGGGACCUUUUAUUCUUCUCAAUUUGGAAAAAGAGAAUCUUUCUCAGAAGGAAGUUGAUAGUCAUAAUGUGUCAAAGGAAUGGCUGGGUAGCUGUUCAGAAGUACUGAGUUCCAGUGGAAUUGAUUCUUCACUAAGUUAUGUAUGCAGACGUGAAUACACAAUUGAAUGCAAUUGGAAGGUAUUCUGUGACAACUACUUAGAUGGUGGCUAUCAUGUGCCGUAUGCACAUAAAGGCCUUGCUUCUGGUCUUAAGAUGGAUUCCUAUUCUAUCACUAUGUUUGAAAAGGUUAGCAUCCAAAGUUGUGAAGGCAGCUCAGAGAAAAGUGAAGAGAAUUAUGAUCGACUUGGAAGAAAAGCUAUAUAUGCUUUUAUUUAUCCAAACUUCAUGAUUAAUAGGUACGGACCUUGGAUGGACACCAAUCUUGUGGUUCCACUAGGACCCAACAAAUGUCAAGUAAUAUUUGACUACUAUCUUGAACGCUCUCUGAAGAAUGACACAGAUUUCGUAGAAAAAAGUUUGCGAGAUAGUGAGAAAGUGCAGCUAGAAGAUGUGGUGUUGUGUGAAGGUGUCCAGAAAGGUCUCCAGUCCCCAGCAUAUUCGGUCGGCAGAUAUGCUCCAACGGUUGAGCUGGCCAUGCACCAUUUUCAUUGUCUGCUCUAUGAAAACCUUACAAAGUAAACUCCUCUCUGCUACGCAAAAUUAUUACAUGGUUGGGACUGUAUGCACUGUAGUCUUGAUCUAUACUUACGCGAUAUGUAAUUAU